AUGGGCCGCCCCGAGCGGGGCGCGCUCCGGCCGCUGGCGCUGCUGCUGCUUCUGCUGUGGCUGCAGCAUCUCGCGGCGGCGGCGGAGCCCCUGCGCGGCGGCCAAGGGCCCGCCAAGGAGUGCGAGGAGGACCAGUUCCGGUGCCGGAACGCGCGCUGCAUCCCCUCGGUGUGGAGAUGCGACGAGGACGACGACUGCUCGGACAACAGCGACGAGGACGACUGCCCCAAGAAGACCUGCUCAGAGAGUGACUUCACCUGUGACAAUGGCCACUGCAUCCCUGAGCGGUGGAAAUGUGAUGGUGAGGAGGAGUGUCCUGAUGGCUCCGAUGAAUCCAAGGCAACUUGCACCAAGCAGGUGUGUCCUGCAGAGAAGCUGAGCUGUGGACCCACCAGCCACAAGUGUGUGCCUGCCUCGUGGCGCUGUGACGGGGAGAAGGACUGCGAGAGUGGAGCGGAUGAGGCCGGCUGUGCCACCUUGUGCGCCCCGCACGAGUUCCAGUGCAGCAACCGCUCCUGCCUGGCCGCCGUGUUCGUGUGCGACGGCGACGACGACUGCGGCGACGGCAGCGACGAGCGCGGCUGCGCCCACCCGGCCUGCGGGCCCCGCGAGUUCCGCUGCGCCGGCGACGGCGGCGCCUGCAUCCCCGAGCGCUGGGUCUGUGACCGCCAGUUCGACUGCGAGGACCGCUCGGACGAGGCGGCCGAGCUCUGCGGCCGCGCCGGCCCGGGGCCCACGGCCGCGCCCGCCGCCUGCGCCGCCCCCGCCCAGUUCGCCUGCCGCAGCGGCGAGUGCGUGCACCUGGGCUGGCGCUGCGACGGCGACCGCGACUGCAAGGACAAGUCGGACGAGGCCGACUGCCCACUGGGAACCUGCCGUGGGGACGAGUUCCAGUGUGGGGAUGGGACUUGUGUCCCUGCAAUCAAGCGCUGCAACCAGGAACAGGACUGUCCAGAUGGGAGUGAUGAAGCUGGCUGCCUGCAGGGGCUGAACGAGUGCCUGCAUAACAAUGGUGGCUGCUCCCACAUCUGCACGGACCUCAAGAUCGGCUUUGAGUGCACGUGCCCAGCAGGUUACCGGCUCCUGGACCAGAAGACCUGUGGGGACAUUGAUGAGUGUGAGGACCCAGACGCCUGCAGCCAGAUCUGUGUCAACUACAAGGGCUACUUUAAGUGCGAGUGCCACCCUGGCUAUGAGAUGGACACACUGACCAAGAACUGCAAGGCCGUUGCUGGCAGAAGCCCAUCCCUAAUCUUCACCAACCGGCACGAGGUGCGGAGGAUUGACCUGGUGAAGCGGGACUACUCACGCCUCAUCCCCAUGCUCAAGAACGUCGUGGCCCUGGAUGUUGAAGUUGCCACCAAUCGCAUUUACUGGUGUGACCUCUCCUACCGCAAGAUCUACAGUGCCUACAUGGACAAGGCCAGCGAUCCAGCAGAGCAGGAGGUCCUUAUUGACGAGCAGCUGCACUCUCCAGAGGGCCUGGCGGUGGACUGGGUCCACAAGCACCUCUACUGGACCGACUCGGGCAAUAAAACCAUCUCAGUGGCCACAGCUGAUGGUGGCCGCCGGUGCACUCUCUUCAGCCAUGACCUCAGUGAACCCCGGGCCAUUGCUGUCGACCCCCUGCGAGGGUUCAUGUAUUGGUCUGACUGGGGGUACCAGGCCAAGAUCGAGAAGUCAGGACUCAACGGCGUCGACCGGCAAACAUUGGUGUCAGACAAUAUUGAAUGGCCCAAUGGAAUCACCCUGGAUUUGCUGAACCAGCGCCUGUACUGGGUAGACUCCAAGCUGCACCAGCUGUCCAGCAUUGACUUUAGCGGAGGCAACAGGAAGAUGCUGAUCUCCUCCCCUGACUUCCUGAGCCACCCUUUUGGGGUAGCUGUGUUUGAGGACAAGGUGUUCUGGACAGACCUGGAGAACGAGGCUAUUUUCAGUGCAAAUCGACUCAAUGGCCUAGAAAUCUCCAUCCUAGCUGAGAACCUCAAUAACCCACAUGACAUUGUCAUCUUCCAUGAGCUGAAGCAACCAAGAGCUGCAGAUGCCUGUGAGCUGAGCGCCCAGCCCAAUGGAGGCUGUGAGUACCUGUGCCUUCCUGCUCCCCAGAUCUCCACCCACUCUCCCAAGUACACCUGUGCCUGUCCUGACACAAUGUGGCUGGGCCCAGACAUGAAGAGGUGCUACCGAGCACCUCAAUCUACCUCAACUACGACGUUAGCCUCUACCACAACGAGGACAGUAGCAAACACCACAGGCACCCCUGGGACCACCGUCCGCAGCCCCACCUACCAGAACCACAGCACAGAGACACCGAGUCUGGCACCUGCAGCCCCAAGCUCAUUUAGUGUCCCCAGGGUUCCUGGCAUCAACCCAUCUACCCCAAGCCCUGCAACCAGCAACCACUCCCAGCACUAUGGGAAUGAAGGUGGCAAGAUGGGCUCAGCAGUCACUGCUGCUGUCAUUGGGAUCAUCGUGCCCAUGGGGGUAAUAGCCUUGCUGUGCAUGAGUGGCUACCUGAUCUGGAGAAACUGGAAGAGGAAGAACACCAAAAGCAUGAAUUUCGACAACCCAGUAUACAGGAAAACAACGGAAGAAGAGGAUGAAGAUGAGCUCCACAUAGGGAGGACCGCUCAGAUUGGCCAUGUCUAUCCUGCAGCAAUCAGCAGCUUUGAUCGCCCACUGUGGGCAGAGCCCUGUCUUGGGGAGACCAGAGAACUGGAAGACCCAGCCCCUGCCCUCAAGGAGCUUUUUGUCUUGCCGGGGGAACCAAGGUCACAGCUGCACCAACUCCCGAAGAACCCUCUUUCCGAGCUGCCUGUCGUCAAGUGCAAGCGAGUGGCAUUAAGCCUUGAAGAUGAUGGACUGCCCUGAGGAUGGGACCACUCCCUUCGUGCCUCAUGGAAUAUAGUCCCAUGCACUACACUCUGGAUGGUGUAUGCCUGGAUGGAAGGGUUUCUGUAUAUGGGUCUGUGUGAGUGUGUGUGUGUGAUUUUUUUUUUUUUAAUUUAUGUUGCGGAAAGGUAACCACAAAGUUAUGAUGAACUGCAAACAUCCAAAGGAUGUGAGAGUUUUUAUAUGUAUAAUGUUUUAUACACUUUUUAACUGGUUGCACUACCCAUGAGGAAUCAUGGAAUGGCUACUGCUGAGUGACUAACAUGAUGUACAUAACCAAAUGGGGCCGAGGGUACAGUAGCUUACUCAUCAUUUUAAAACUAUAUUUACAGAGGGUAUUUGGUUUGGGGGGGAUUUUUUAGGUUUUGGAGGUUUUUUUGGUAAAUAAAAUGAUUAUGCUUUGUGGCUAUCCAUCAACAUAAGUAAAAAAAAAGAAAAAAAAAAACAUUUCAACUUUCAACUUCCUCCCCCAUUUAGAUUAUUUAUUAACAUAUUUUAAAAAUAAGAUUAGUUCUAUAAAUAAUUUAGAGACAUGAGAGUAUUUAUUUUUGGUAUGAUUGGCCCACCAUGCAGACUCAGUGCAUUUAGUUUAUGUGUGUAUGUGUGUGAGAGAAAAUUCUGUAGAGAAGAGGCGCACCUGUUACUGUUGUUCAAAUGCAUAAAGAAAAAUAUAUUUUAAAACAGUCCAAAAGAGGGUUAUCUGUAGUGUCUGAGAAGCCUUCAGAAAUUAGGCUCAGAAAACAGAUAACCUGGUUUGUUCAAACACGUAGUGGAAGAGGCCAAUCUUUCCCACCUCUGGCUAUUCCUGGGAUCCAAUCAAUCAAGAAAAGCCCUUCCACUCACCCAUGGCUGCUGUGACUCCCACAUGGGCAUACUCUUCUGUGCCUAAGGCCAGUGCACAGAUUUGACACAGUGCCAGUUUUCAUGAACUCAGAUGAAGACUAUUGCCUGAACCUCAGCUACCCCUUAUUUUAAGGUUCAGCUAUUUGAAUAACUAUUUCAAUAUCCUUUAGGACACUUGGGUUGAAUUCAGUUAAGUUUCCUCUAAGGAAUGCUAAACAUCCUUACUUACAGAGAGCUAAGUGGAGUGGUUCUAGAACAGCCCAAGUUUAAUCUAGGGACUGGCUCAGGCACUGAACCUCUGAGAUAUACUAUGGAUGAAGAUAAGGACAGUGGAAUAGGUUUUGUUACAUCUCUAUUUCUCCCUUCUUCAUAUUCUCUACCAUUUCCUUUAGGUGGGAGAACAUUUCAAAGUAAUAAAUAGGCUUGUUACCAUCAUGUGUUCAUGUAGAUGAAACUCAUUUUUGGUUUAAGUCAGAAAAAGUGGCCAAACCUAAAGUCAUAUCUGAUGGGGAAAAUGGCAUACGCAAUAUUAUAGUAUAUUGACUAUAUAUGUUCACACAGGGAUUUGGUUGACUGCUUUGUAAAUAAAAGGAAAAACUCUGGGUA